GGCAGCACUGGAGGAGGCGGCGAAGGAGGAGGCUGAGAGGCGCGAGAAUGAGUUGUUGCUGAACCAAGGGUACUUCCAUGACCUGCCUGACGAGGACGUGGCCGGGUAUGACUAUAGCGCGCCCUACGUCCUCUCCUACCCCGAGCUGGAGAGGCUCAACCAACUGUACGACAUGGAGAAGGAGGCCAUGGACGCCUCUGACCAGGACUUCCCCGUGUACGCCCCUGGGAGGAAGACCAUGGCGCCCACAGCCACAGGGAGGUUUUUACGACGCCCUCAGUUACGUCAGGAAGCGAGCCACGGAGAUGAAGCCCGAGGAGCCCCUGGGUGUGGACGUCGCCACGCCCCCGAGAGCCAAGAAGCCCCAGCAGUACCUUACGUCCGCGGCAGGCAGGUACUGGCGCGUGCGGGACGAGCAGCAGCAGCAGGAGGCGCAGCAGAAGGCCACCUCAGCCUCCUCGCCGCCGUCCGCGACCCAGACAUGAUGAUCCGCAAGAGAAAGAAGCGCAACACCACCACUGCAACCACCAACCGCCACCACCACCACCACCACUCCAGCAGCAGCCAAGAGGAGGAAAACCAACACGCCCUCCACCACCAUCACCACCAAGCCCAAGACCCACGCACCCACCACCACCAUCACCACCACCACGGCCCUCACCACCACGGCGGCGCGCAGCGACCACCGCAACAAGAGGGCCUUCAGCGAUUACUUCAAGUGGGAGAAGCGAGGCGAGGAGGAGCAGGAGGAGGAGGAAGAGGGGGACGCCGGAGAGGAGGAAGAGGAUAAGGAAGUUGACGAUUACUUGACAAGGGAGUAUUUUAAGACCAUCGCGCGGUCCGUGGGGCAGAAGGAGGAUGGCGUACGGCCAGUUUGAGCCUGACGUGACGGAGGACCAAGAGGGCAGCGUCCACGGCGUCCCUGCAGGAUAUUCUCAGCAACCCCGAGACGCUACGCAUGGUGCAGGACAAGCUGAGAGAGGCGGAGAUGGUGAUGGCAAAGGAGGCGGGCACGGGGCUGAGUCAGUGGCCGCGCGGAGGCACCCAGGACGAAGCGGCGCAGAAGCUCCUCAGUAAUUUGGUCCUGCGCAUGGACGCCAUCGAGCACAUGCGGGAGGUUCUGGCGCAGCUGCAGCACCUACAGGAGAUCCGCGCUGGUGCAAGGGUCGGCGGACGGCGCGAGAUACAACUGAGGGAGGAGGAGAGGAAGAGGGCAGCGGCGGCGGAGCAUGGGGACUGGAGGAAGACGAGCGUGGCGGCGGGAGGCAACCAGAAGAGGAGCGUGAGGAGGAGGCUGAGGCGGGAUGACAUUGGUGACCUCUUCAUGGGGAACGAGAGGGAAGAGUGCCCCGUGCUGUGGUGGAUCCUGGAAAGCUGUGGCACGGUGAGCGAGAAGGUCGGGGACGAGGCUCAGGUGUUCCUCCCAGCCUGCAUUAAACACGAGAUUUGCUACGUGUGUGGCGCCAGUCAGGGCAUCAGCGGGCACGAGUGUGACGCGGUACUGUCCUCUGCCCUGGAAGCGUCCUGCCCCACACGCUCCCUGGACUGUCUGGCCGCGGCUGGCUCCACCUUCACCGCCCUCAGCCGCCCCGCAGCCUACGACCCUGCAGGCAGUUGCGCUAACGACCCCUGCGUCAUACACUUUCUGGAGGCUCGCUGAGGUGGUUUGGUGUGCAACUAACCUACGUAAUUGCUAUAGAUAACUACCUAACUAUGUAACUAACUACUCGUAACUACUGUGUGGUGUGUUGUCUGUUUUAGCUAAUUGACUGACUGACGGACUGACUGACUAUUACUACUUCUGCUACUUCUGCUGCUACUAUUGGACGGUGCUAGACUAACUAAACAAAGAAAACGGAAAGGUGUCGCUAACCAACCAAUCACAGAAGAGAAGAGGCGAGUGUCGGAGCCCACCAACCAAUGGGAGGGGUCCUGCUGCGGACCCUGGCGAAGGAGAUUAGUUGACUGACUGACUGAUAACAAACCAGAAGGUAACAGAAGAAGAAGAAGGAGGAGAAAUAGGAGAAAAUAGGAAGAAAUUAAAAGAAAUAAA